AUGGUUAGAGCAAAAAAAGCAAAAGUUAUAUCCUCAUCGUCAUCACUAACAGCGGUAUCAUCGACAAGACAAACAUUAAUUGUCAGACCAUCAAUUGCGAUGACUUUACCGAUGGAAAUUAUAUGUGAAAUAUUUAAUUACCUUGAAGAACAUCCGGCACAUUUUACAAGAGGCUCACUAGUAUGUAAAACAUGGUAUUACUCUACUCAAAAUCAUCUGUAUUGGAAAAGACUAUGUGAACUUCUCAAGUUACCAUCACCAAAGCCAAGAGCUUACAAAUACAAAACAUACAAAUCUAUAGUUAUUAAAAAUUGGGGCUCUUUCUGUAGCUUGUGUUUAAGAAAACGUAGAAAAUAUGAUCCACCCAUCAAACCAAUAUAUCAAAAAGAUAAAGCAAUAAAAAGACGUCGUAAAAAAAUAAAAUCGUCACUUGCAAAAUGUGGAAUUCAAUUACCAACUAAUGAUGAUAUAUGUGAAAGAUUGAUAGAUGAUGGAAACAUCAAAGGAAUUCUUCACUAUUUGAAGUUGAAACUGGAGGAAGAAAAAGAGGAAUUGUUUAAAGCAUUAUUGGAAUUAGAAAGAAAUGGAUGA